ACACGUGACGUCAGGAGCCGGAGAAGCCGACAGGCUGCUAAGCUGCGUUAGCUACCACUAGCUCCCUAUCUCACAGCAGCACACGGUUGGCCCGCAGCUGGAUGGUCGUCACUUCAACUUUUGGGAAGCAACUUUUACAACAACACGAGUUGGUGAACGCAGUUGGACGGAGCAGCUUUCCCCUCCCAAAAAUAAAGCCAUGGCGUGUGGAGCCACCCUCAAGAGGACCAUGGAUUUCGACCCGCUGAUGAGUCCCGCGUCCCCCAAAAGGCGAAGAUGCAUCCCCGUCUCCCCGUCGUCCUCAUCCUCAUCCCCUAGGAAGUACCUCAGCAUGGAGCCCUCGCCAUUCGGCGAGUCGUCGUCGAGACUUAGUGCAGAACAAAUCCUCAACAGCAUCAAACAGGAGUACAAACGCAUUCAGAAGAGGAAGCAUCUAGAUGGAGGCUACCAACAGUCAGAGUGCUGCUAUUCUCCAGAAUCCCCCUCCCAGUCGUCUACUAUGAAUGUUUCCAGCAUGCCAGGAACGUCCUCUGGAGGCGUCUCUCCGACUAGAAAAGAACAGCCAUUAUUCACCCUCAGACAAGUUGGUAUGAUCUGCGAACGCCUGCUCAAAGAAAGGGAAGAGAAGGUGCGGGAGGAAUACGAGGAGACCAUGACUUCAAAGUUGGCCGAACAAUACGACACCUUUGUGAAGUUCACACACGACCAGUUAAUGCGACGAUUCGGGGAGCAACCUGCAAGCUAUGUUUCCUGAGUGUGGCACAGAAUCCCUGCGAGAUGGCCUUCUCCUGCUGCAAGUUAUCAUGUGAUAUCUCAAGAAUAAAAAAAAAAAAGAAAAAAGAAAGAAAGAAAAAGCUCAUCAUUGUAAGAGAUUCAGUUUAGUUAGUUUAAAUGAAACUUUUCUUACUGUGCCAUAUAUCCGUCUUUGGGCAAAAGUUUAUAUGAAGCUGUUGUCAGUCGUUACCACUCUGUUGUAAGCAGCUAGGUGCUUCCUGAUGUAAAUGAAUGGACCCUCUCUCUACCAGUGGCCUCUGUUCCUGCAGCUGUACGUGUAUCUACAGUUAUCUCACUUUUGUAAUGAUUCCCGGCAUUCCAGGCUUCGUCACCCGUUUCUGUUUGUUACAUGUAAAUACGAUAAAAGCGGCGCAGAGUUUUACACAAGGUUUGCUGGUCAAUCUGAAAGGAAGCGGAAGUUAAACAGAGAAUACGUUCGUCCUCUGUUCGUUGCUUUUUAAAUUGAGCAUUAAGUGGGCUAAUUUGCUUUUUUUUUUUUUUCUUUCUUCCUACCAGUGUUUUAUUUAUUUUUGAGUUUCGUUCUGCUGGUAUUACUUUGAAACCAAUGUACUUAUUGGAAAAAAACAAUAAAAACCUUUUAAGAGUUGA